UUGCGGUAGACGCUGCUGUUUUCAGUCCUUUCUAUGCAACUGCUAAUCCUCUUCCUGUCUGUUAUCUAUUUUUAGAUAACAGACUAUUUAUUAUCUAACAACCAUUUCGGUUUCAACCACAAUGAACGAGCCAAGAGCAUCAUGGGAUUGACUGAGAUAAGCGGAAGUGUCAUCAUUGGAGUAUCUGUCCCCGAGAAAGCGAAAGUUGUAUGAGCUGCUGUAAUGGAUCUAAAGCAAAAGACUGUAGAUUCAUUAAAGAAAUAUGAAACCGAUGAAGAUUUUUCCCAUUUACCUGCUCUUCCCAAAGCCUCCGUGCUUAUACCGCUUCUGCUGAAAGAUGGACAGCUACAGCUUUUACUAAACGUUCGUUCAUUCAAUCUUAAAAAUCAUGCAGGUGAGGUUUGCUUUCCUGGAGGCAAAUCUGAGUCCAGUGAUAAAGAUGAAAUAGACACAGCUCUGAGGGAAGCACAUGAGGAAAUUGGUCUUCCUCCGAACAGAGUGGAGGUGAUCUGCAAACUCUUCCCCAUCAUAAACAAGACUGGUCUUCUGAUAACUCCAGUGGUGGCUUUCAUUGAGGAUUCAUUUCAAGCCCAUCCAAACCCAGAAGAAGUGAGCGAGGUGUUUACUGUACCUCUGGAGUUUUUUACUAAAGAGGCUGAUCAUUCCUGCUAUCCUGUACCCAGCAUCUUUGGACCUACACAUUGUUUUAUUUUCACUGAUCCCAGUACAGGGAACAUCCACCAGAUCUGGGGCCUGACAGCAGCUUUGGCCAUAAUCGUUGCUGUUUUUGCCAUGGAAAAGAAGCCUGAGUUUGAGGUCGGCUUUAGCUUGAAAGAUCCUGUUUCUCAGUUUAAAGAGACUCUUAAUAGCAGAUUAAGCAAAUUAUGAACGUUACUGACGAGUUAAACGAAAGAGAAAAUAAUUUACUGUAACUGAGCUGUUGAAUCAUAUAACACUAGAGUCAAUUAUUUGUAUAUUGGGAAUAUAAAGGAUAUGUAAAUACUGGGUUUUUAAUUUAUGAGGGAGAAAUAAUGUAAACAUUUAAAUAAAUUAUCAUUACAUAUUCCCCAAAAUAUCCACAA